AUGGAAGCUUUUGUUCUUGUGAAGCUUUGUUUGCUGCCUCCUGUUCCUGGACCAAAAAUCAAAGGAUUCGAAAAACAAUUGCUGAAGAGCGGAAAGUCAGAGGAAGUUUUCAAUACUUUGGUGAUCCAAGGUUUCCCUCCAACCACCGAUUACGACGAGUUACUGGUGGAGUACCUUGAGGUGUAUGACAAUGAGGAGCAAGAGUUGGUACUGGAUGGUAAAGAUCUAUCAGAGGACUGCAUGAAGUCCAAAAGUCCGUCGGACAGUGACUCGGGCCGGGGAAGCUGCGACAGUCGCACUCUGCUUUUGGAGAAGUGCAUGGAGGGACGGGAAGGAAGUGGAAGUGGAAGUGGAAGUGAUCAACAUCAGUACAGCCAACAUGGAGAAACGAGCUGGGCUUCUACUGAAAGCAGUGAAAGCCAGGGUCCCGAACCCGGUUCUCCAGAGUCCGCCGAUGGACGCAGCAAAACCUGGCCCGUUGUUUUUUCGUCUCCUCAACCGCAAACUCACCAUCAUUACCAAGUGGGAGCUGCGAAACCGGCCUACCACAGCGUCCCAGAGAUCCUCAACCAUUCGUCACCACACACGACGCCAAGCAACUAUCACCAGCUACACCAUCAGGACAUCCCGCAACAGGAGGGUCGCUUCAGUAAACCAGCCUGCCGACAUUCUCAAAGCUACAACCAGUUUAACCUGGACGGCGUCGGCACUCCUGCUCCCGGCGUGCCUCCGUCACCUUCUUUGGAAUACGUAGAGGUGCAAAGGGUCAACCCGGAGAAUAUGCUUCUGCUUUGGCCGCUUUCAGACCCAAACCGCGAACUUGAGGGGUUAGAUUGUGCCGGGGAGGACUACAGUAAGGUCAAAGAAGUGACGAACAAUAUUUUGCUUCUGCAGAGGGAUACGUCCCAUCAGUGCGUGGACUAUUACAGCCAGGACUUGGACAACCAGGCUGAUCAAUGCACAACCCAGCAACCACCUCACCCCUGCAAACCUGCUGUCCACCAAUCAAACAGUAGGAUGCCACAUGAAGGCAUGAGGGUGAUGGGAAAUGGUUAUGUAGAUUCAACAGUCUUAAUGCCAUCCUACUAGCACAUAGUGGCCCAAUGCAUGAAUGCAGCAAAAUCAAUAAGCCAACCAUUAAACUGUCAACAGCUCAUGCCAAGCCCUGAAAGAAGUGCUUUUCUCUACAGUGUUUUUUUUCAGUGGAUUUAUAUUUAUAAAAAUAUUUACUUAUUAUUAGAUUGUAUUAGAUGUAAGGGUCUUGUUUCAGAGCCGAGGUCUGAACUUUUAUGUAAGCACUGUAAAGAGGCUGGACUCUUGAAAAUAAAUGUUCUUUGUUGGCUUUGAAGGUUCCAUGAAGAACAAAGGGUCUUUAUAGUGGAAAAAGCUUCUUUAGAUUAUUAAAAUGUUCUUCUGCUGCAAUGCUCUUUGGGGAACCUAAAAAUGGUUCUUCCAUAGUGUUGCUGUGAAAACCACUCUUUUGGAACCUUUAUUUUUAAGAGUAUGAGAAGUCAUUGAUUUAGUUUCUUUGACAGAUUGUGUACUUUGAUGAGGUGACACUUAUAAACACCAAAAAAAAACAUUUCUCUUUACACUUAAGUCUUUAAAGUUAACAUGAAACUGAAAUGGAUCCCAAUACACAUUUCAGAAAAUUCACUUAAAUUCUGCUGUGCCUCUGAUACAAUUUUUCCUUUUGAUUGUAUGUUAGUCAAUAGCCAAAUAGCCAUUUAGGCAUUGUGUUUUCAUUGGAAAUUUCAUGGAAAGCCUACUUUUCAUUAUCCAGCAAUUGCCAGUGGAAUUCUCCUACUGUAUAAUUUAAUGCUGUUUUACUGAGAAAUAGUGUACAUGGUAUUUUGGAAGUAAAAUGGGUUAUGAAUGCCAUUUCAUGUUAACUUUUAAUGAUUUGUCGUAUUUAGAGAUUCAUGGGAUUUGAAAACUUAGCACUUAGCAUAGUUGCCCUCAACUAUCCACAAUGCAUUGUUUUAUAUUGCAUUUUGCAUCAUGGCAUUGUUACGUGUUCAAAGCCACUAUGUUGUUUUAUGCCACUGUUCACUCCUAAACUACAUGAUGGGGUCUGUUGCUAUAGUGGACAUGGACUAUUUUUUUAUGAACUGAUCUUGUGUAUUAUCAAAGCGUUCACCCAAUUUCACUUCACAUUUAAAUGAAUUAUAAAUAUUAUUUUUUUAGUUUUUAGUUUUAAGGAAAUUACUUAAAACUCCAUCUGCAUAUUAUAUAAACACAAGAGCAUUAUUUGCAGUCAGAGUCGGUUGCAUUCCAAAUUUCAAAUUGCAUUCCAUUCUGGAAAAAUGUUAUAAUCUCAGCCAUAAAAUUUAAAAUGUCUUUGCUUAUCAAUGGUACACUAAUG